GUAGAUGAUGAUGAUGAUGAUGAUGCCUUGUUAAGGGUUUUAUUUUUGGCUUAUCAGACACUGCAUCGGAUAAACGACUUGGGGAGUUUUCAGCCCCGAGCGUACACAGAUCAAAAGCCGUUUCCUAGGCCGUAGAAAGGCACAGAGAUUAAGGGAGAGAGAGGAUAGAGAGAGCUGAAGCUCCUCUCCUAUCAGAUAAUGCCGCUGCCCCAGACCGGGAUGCAGAAGAGAAACCGAGUUUCAAAAUCGCAGGAUGUGUGAAUAAACGCCAGCCAUUUAAAGUACGUAAACAUUUGGGAUAACCGACACUGAAUACCGUGCAGGCCUGUUAAGGAAUCAGAAAGAAGAAGGGCGGCAUUUUAGACUCAUCAGACUUAUCCUUGUGAGGAAGAAGGGCCUCAUGGGACGCUAUGCAGGGCUAAAAUGGUUUUGCACGCUCAUGAGUUACCACAACCAGGAGUUUUCAGACCCGGACAAAUACGGAUCCCGUGCAGUUGCGAUGGUGGACACGCACUCUGGUGUGGGCGUACAUUUUUCGCACAUGAACGUCUGAAAAACAGCUUAUCAUGUGGAUAUCUGCGCUCGCAAAAUUCGUGUGACUUUGCAAAUCGUGUUUUUCUGCUCACUUAUCGGCCAGUUUGUCUCCCGUCAAAGUGUGAGCAUCAGAGUGGAGAAUGAGCUCUCAUUUAGGGCACAAGACAUCAAGAGCUCUGUUUCAUAUUUUGUACUCGUAAUUACGGUCUUUUCUUAGACGGACUGUUCCGGAGGGAAUCCAGACUCCAUUGAGACUGUAGAAAGAGAGUCAUAUUUUUUGUCUUGUAGUUUUUCUUUUUUUCCCUUAUACUUUUUGUUUCAUCGUAUACCUCCCAUCAAACAGUUGUUUUUGUUUUUUCUUUUCUGUUGUCUGACGUCAUAUUCACAUGCACUCAUCUGCUGUGAUGCUUUGAGAGAUAUGAGAUUGGUCUUUGAACAAGUACAGUAUGAAUGCCUGAACUCAAGUUGCUGCUUCCUUUGAGCUCUUUUUGGUGUAACAUGGGGCUUACCGGAGAUUUGCACUAAAAGAGCUUUGCUGUCACUUGAUUUUACUUUUAUUGACCAAAUCUUGUUACAUUCAAGCCAUAUGAACUUAUUUUUGAUGAAACUAGAGCUAUUUUUGUAUUACAGUAAAGUCAUAGUAUCGCAUAUUAUGUGUAUAUGAAUUAAGUCUAUUUUUUAUGUAUCAGCACAGACGUAUACAAAAAGACAUCUGCACUAUUUUACGUUAACCUUUGUUUUUUGGAAAGAAAUGCACCUUGAUUUAUGAGAGCAUAAUCUGUCACAAAAUUUAUUGUUAUGGCCAUGGCUACGCACCAUCCUCACUCAGGUGGGAGACGAGUUUCCUUCUCUCUCUGACGCCUCCCCCUGUUCCCCAGUUUUUCUGACGCCUCCAAAUGCCUGUGGGUCUCAGUGUGGGCGGGGCUCUUGGAGACCCCUCCCCAUCCCGCCCAUUCCGCCCCAGUCGCUAUGUGCCUGUGUCUGCAGCAACCGCCUUCCUUGUGGGGGCCACAACGCUGUUUCUCUGUUUCACAUGUCCGUGGCUAUCAGAGCGGUUCUCCUCCUCCAUUCCGCUCUAUAAUGCUGUGGUCUUCCUCUUCACGCUGGCCAAUUUCUGUAUGGCCACAUUCAUGGACCCCGGCAUCUUUCCUAGAGCUGAAGAAGAUGAGGACAAAGAGGAUGAUUUCCGGGCUCCGCUCUAUAAGACGGUGGAGGUGAGGGGCAUUCAGGUGCGGAUGAAGUGGUGCUCCACAUGUCGCUUUUACAGACCACCUCGCUGUUCACACUGCUCUGUGUGUGACAACUGUGUGGAGGAGUUUGACCAUCACUGCCCAUGGGUGAACAACUGCAUUGGCAGGAGGAAUUAUCGUUAUUUCUUUCUGUUCCUGCUCUCGCUCACUACUCACAUUAUGGAUGUGUUUGGCUUCAGUCUGCUGUACAUCCUCCAUCACACUAAACAACUGGACCAGGUCCACUCUGGAGUCACUAUGGCGGUGAUGUGUGUAGCUGGUCUGUUUUUCGUCCCGGUUGCAGGACUCACUGGGUUUCACAUUGUCCUUGUUGCCAGAGGGAGAACAACUAAUGAACAGGUGACUGGGAAGUUCAGAGGUGGCGUUAACCCCUUCACCCAUGGGUGCUUAAAAAAUAUUGCACACGUGCUGUGUAGUUCACAGGCUCCCAGGUAUCUUGGCCGCUUGAGAAAGCCUCAUUCUGUUCAGGUCCAGCCACCAUUUCUACGGCCACCUCUUUCUGAAGCCCAACUAGCAGCUAAAGUUCUGGAUAAUGGCAUCCAACAGUCUAAAAGUAGUUUGGAGAUAAUAGAGAGUCAGUCCACUGAUGCUGAUCCCCCUCCACCACCUAAACCAGAGCACAGAUACCCUGGGCUGCCUCACACACAAAAUGAAGAGUGCAGCUUGCUGACUGAUGCUCCACCCACACCCUCAUUGUAUAAAUACAGGCCGGCCUACAGCAGUCCAGGAAAAAACCACACAGCCUCAACACAUUCCAGCAAGAUGAGUCGGGGGAACAGUAUGACUGAGUCUCCCUCUGUCCCCGUCACCACUGGGCAGCCCAGCUACCGCUCAGACCCCAGUUUGUCAAGCCGAGGGGGUGCAGGGUGCCGUGGGGGAGGGGAGGGAGGUAGAGCAGGCUCGGGGGGCCUGGGUGGGGCCUCUGCGUUUGGUGGGCGAUCCUACCCUUCUUUUACCGACACCCUACUCCAGUCAGCAGCAGCCUCUUGCUCCUCAAGCCUUCGUUCCGCCCAUACGGCCCACAAUGCCCUCGGGCCCCUCAUCUCUGAGGGUACAACCUCCACUAGCUACAAGAGUUUAGCCAAUCAGACACGCAACGGCAGCUUGUCGUACGAAAGUCUGCUGACGCCCUCCGAAAGCCCGGAGUUCGAGUCUGCUGCUCAUGAGCUGUCCCCACCCAGACCGCAUCCUCCGCACUCUCUUAGCACAGCACCGGGGGCCCCGCCUAUUUUGGGGUACACGUCCCCUUUCCUGUCAGCUCAGCAGAGGGAGGGCUCUCUCCAGGCCUGCCCUGCCCCCCUAAGACCUUCCCCCAACAGAGCUUUCCUGCGCCCAACAAGCUCACCCCCUUCUCGGGCUCCGCCCCUUUCUCCUCGCGCUCGCUCAUUGGGCUCCCCUCCUCCCGGCCCCGCCCCUGGCCAUACACCUCUGGGCAAAUCACUGUCCUAUGGAGGUGGCGCCGAAUUACAGCACCGCCCCUCUAGCUCAGGGGGCGGGACUUCGAUGCAGAAUAACACUGUCUCUUUCUUCCUGCAACCCAUGGCCACUCUACUAUUCCUCGAAUUUCUGUACACACCCUCCAUCUUUCUCUGUCCUUUUUCCUUCUCUGUUCUCUUUCUUUACGUUCAUCUGCUCUCUUCUGCCCUCCCCUCCUCCUGCCUUGUGGCCAUAAGGAUGACUCUGUCUCUGUGCUAAGCUCGACUAUUAAACAAAACGUGGCCAAUCAUAACACCCAUUCACACAAACCUGCAGGAGGGGUGAAGAAAGUGUCCGGUGUUGGAGGAACGACCUACGAGAUUUCAGUAUGAGUGACAAAAGAGAUUCAGGAUUCACUUGGCAGUUUUCGCCCUCUGAGCUUCAGCCGAAUGGAUGUAAAGCUGCUCAACCAAACAUGCAAAAAAGCAUGUAAGACUACAAGGAGAAAUCGUAAGUGUUUCCCAGUCAAACCUCAUCAGUCACUGUGGAGGACGUUUACUGAGAACAUGGACCAGUAAAGAAGAAUCUUACGUUUUGUUUUUUUCUUUCUUUUUUCUUCUGAAUAUCAACGUUACAAAUCCCACAGACAUUCUUAGUUAUUUAAAGAAUCAUUUGGUACUUCGAUGUAUUACCUAACGAUUUAUACGCAAGACUGUGCAAUGAUAAAUGGGCGUUCAGCUUUAGAAGGCGGGACCAUGUGAGACGCACUGAUGCCUCAUUCAGAAUGACGUCAACAGAAACCACAAGCCUCUCAGCAGUCAGCCAAUAAGCAUUUGAAACACUGACUACACAAAUCACUGUUCAGUCUUGCAUAUUCAAUAGAACUCUGUUUCAAACCCUUAAAGAGACGGUUCACCAAAAAUGAAAAUUCUGUCAACAUUUAAUACCCUUAUGUCAUACCAAAUUCAAAAGAACACAAAAGAAGAUAUUUUAAUGAAUGUUCAUGCUGCUUUUUUUUAGACAAUAGUGUCCACAUAUAUACUUUACAGCUCCAAAGACAAAAAAGGCCGUAAAAGUGGUCAAUACAACUUAUAAAGUGUUCUAAAAUGAAUGAAAAUUAAAAUAAUAUGACGGCUGACAGAUGCAAAAUGCAACAGUUGUUGUGGCAAUUAUGAAAACAUUCAUGUGUGCUGAUCAUAUAACUUUCAUUUUUAGGUGAACUAUUUCUUCUUCUUUUUUUUCAUUAUUAUUUUAUACAGGUACAGAUGUAUAUUAUAAGUAUUAAGUUUGAUAAAGAUGAUAAUAUUAAGAAGCAGGCAUAUAUGAUGUAUGAUUGUUUGUUUUAGGUCGGAUGGUGUUUGUCAGACUUAUAUGGCUGCAUCAGCCAGAUGAACUUGUCAGCCAAAGAAACUCUGUUUGAUGGAUAGCACACUCGGCGAGUAGGAGCGAAUGUAUCUAAAGACACACAAGUUACUAGAGCACAACAUAUUAAGCGAAAGAUUAUUUACUUACUGAAGAUAUCAUAUGCAAAUUGUAACUUUGUGUCGGCGUGUCCAAUAAAUCAAGAGCUAUGCUCUCUUGAUAAACGGUCAGCCAAUCACAAGAGAGUUUAUUUAUUAAGCCGGAGGAGGCCAGUGCAAAUACAUGCUGGAUGCACCAUCAUAUAGAUGGGGACAUUGAUUUUAAAAUUAUAUUCUUUUAUGUUUUGACUUUUUUUUUCUUUUUUUUUUUUUUAACUGGACAUUGGUUAAAACAAACAGCUAGAGUACAGUGAUUGUCUCCUCGUAGAUAUAUAAGUUUGAUUGUAUUAGUCAAAGUGAGGGAAUGAGUGUGAAGUUUUAUCUGGACUUGCCUGACUGUUGUACAAGAGCACAUUCCAACUCUCCAUUUGGUUCAGAUAAGAGGCCGUUCACGUCUUUUGUCUGCUUUUUGAGAUCGGAGGAACGGUCAGUGUAAGAUAAAACCGCUUAUGCAGAGACACAAGUUUGUUUUUUUAUCUUUUGUCAUUUCCACCAUGGCCUUAUGAUGCCUUUUAACUGUUAUCAAGGGUGUUUCGGUCUGCGUAUUUGGCUCUGAGAGAGAUGAUAGAGGAUUGUUGUGUUGGGUUUCGGGUAAGAAUGCAGACUCGUUUAACCCUUCUCUAUUCCUUUAAUGCCGCUGACUCUGAGUCACAUGAGCAACACAUUUUCAACAGAACAAUAAACAACAGAAUGAACACAG